AAGUAAAAACAUUGUAGAAAUCAGUUGUGUUCUGUCAGUGCUGGGCUGGUGAUAAUCGUACAAGGGUUUAUAAAAUUAAAAUAAAAUCAUGGCAUCUCAUAUUGCAAGAAAUAUCAUCAAAAGCCCAUUUGCUUUAACUUUAGGACAAAAUAAUUAUGGAGCAAUUCGUACAAUCACAACAGGAACACAAUUAUGCGCCAAAAAACAAGCAAAAACUAUUGGAAAGAAUGUAGUACUUGUAGACGGUGUACGAACACCGUUUUUACUAUCAGGUACAGAUUAUUCAAAAUUAAUGGCCCAUGAUUUAGCCAGACAAGCACUUCUAGGUAUCAUCAAGAAAACUGGAAUUUCAACAGACUUAGUUGAUUAUAUCAUCUAUGGAACUGUAAUCCAAGAAGUAAAGACAUCAAACAUUGCUCGAGAAGCUGCAUUAGCUGCUGGAUAUAGUGACAAAACACCAGCUCACACUGUUACUAUGGCGUGUAUUUCUUCAAAUGUUGCCAUUACCACAGGUAUUGGUUAUAUUAAUUCAGGUGUAUUCGAUGUCAUAGUUUGCGGUGGCGUUGAAUUUAUGUCCGAUAUUCCAAUUAGACACAGUCGAAAAAUGCGUUCUCUCUUGUUGCGUGCAAACAAAGCUAAAACACCAAUGCAAAAAUUGGCCUUAUUAGCAACAAUUCGACCAGAUUUCUUCGCUCCAGAAUUACCAGCUGUUGCUGAAUUCAGUUCAGGAGAAACAAUGGGUCAUUCAGCUGAUCGAUUAGCAGCCGCAUUCAAAGCAACACGUAAAGAACAAGAUGACUAUGCAAUUCGAUCCCAUACAUUAGCUAAAGAAGCUGCUGAUAAGGGACAUUUUACUGAUUUAAUUCCUGUUCAAUUCCCUGGUAGCGACAAACCAAUUUCAAAAGAUAAUGGUAUUCGUGUAUCAACACCCGAACAAAUGGCGAAAUUGAAACCAGCUUUUGUUAAACCACAUGGAACGGUUACCGCUGCAAAUUCAUCAUUCUUAACAGACGGAGCAUCAGCUUGUUUAAUCAUGAGCGAAGAAAAGGCCAAAGAAUUAGGAUUGAAACCAAAAGCUUACUUAAGAAAUUUCACAUAUGUAUCACAAGAUCCAAUUGAUCAAUUGCUUUUGGGACCCACAUAUGCUACACCUAAAGUUUUGGAACAAUCCGGUUUAGGAGUAUCUGAUAUUGAUGUUUGGGAAGUUCAUGAAGCUUUCGCUGGACAAAUUGUAGCAAAUUUAAAAGCCAUGGAUUCAGAUUGGUUUGCACAAAAUUAUCUAAAACGUAGCAGCAAAGUUGGUGCACCUCCAUUAGAAAAAUUCAACAACUGGGGUGGUUCUUUAAGUAUUGGUCAUCCAUUUGCUGCAACCGGUGUAAGAUUAGCAAUGCACAGCGCUCACAGAUUAGUUAAAGAAGAUGGACAAUUUGCACUUAUUACAGCUUGUGCCGCUGGUGGACAGGGUGUUGGAAUGAUUCUUGAAAGACAUCCAGAUGCCACUGCAAAUUAAAUAAUGUAUUAUAAUUUUAAAACGUACUGAAUAUAAAUUUUACCAAUUGGUGCCUCUUUCUAUUUAAUAGGAUUUAUAAAAUUUAUAUUGUUCUCGAAAACUUAA